AUGCUGCUCUAUGCGGAGCUUCUCGUGUCUCUGGCUCAUCCUGGGGGAGGUUUGGGGGCGCUGGGGAGAGAAGCUGCUGCUGCUGCUUUUCAGAAGCAGCUGCAGCAGCACGGCAUUCGGUCAGUUUGCUGCUGCUGCAGUCCUGCCUCAGCAGCAGCAACAGCAGCACCCGCAGCGGCUGUGCAGCAGCAGCAAAGGGCCUCUUCACCUGAGGGCAGCUGCAGCAAAAGAAGCGAGCAACGCUGCAGCAGCAACGUCAACGAGCCCUCCCCUCUCAGCAGCUGCAACAGCAGCAGCAGCAACGGCAGCAGCAGCAGCAGCGAGUGCCUGCACCUCGACAGCCUGCGCCUGUUUGGGGAGGCUCUGCUGCGCUGCAGCAGCACAGAGCGUUUGCUGCAGCAGCUGCUGCAGGCCUUUAAGUCGUGGACUAUGCAGGACCCGCAGCUGCUGCUGCUGUCGGCUACAGCCUAUAUACACAGCCGCAGCAGCGACGGACUUCGCAAGGGCUGUGAACUGCUGAAGGAGACGAGGAGGGUUUGGGAAGCAUCUCCUCUAGCACAUUCCAUCCUGCUGCUGUUUCUCCUGUUUGGGUCUGGAGUACUGAACUGCCAGCAAGAAGCAGCACUCCUUGCUGCCGCUCACUUUGGCUGCUGCAGCUGGGCCCUACACAUAGCUGUCGCGCUCUCGUCUGCUGCUGCUGGGAUGACCCCACUGGAGUUCUUAGAUCUCGUGCGGCAGCAAAAGCAGAAGCAGCAGCGGCAGCAGCAAGCAGAUGAUAGCGCAAUGCAGCAGCAAAGCAAAGACACGCUGCUUGACGCGGAAUUUGAGCAGCAGGUGCAGCAACUGCAGCAGCAGCAGCAGCAAAGCCAGCAGCAGCAGCAGCAGCAGCAAGAGCAGUUGCUCAGCCCAGCGCUUGCUGCUGUUGCUUCUCGCUACCCAACGAGCCUGCUGCCUCCCCUCUGCAGAUUCUCACAUGUCAGCUUGAGCCUGCAAGCGAUUGUGCUGCAUGCGGAGCGAAACAUUCCCCUCGCAUUUGAGGUUGCUCGCCUGGCGUUAGAAGUUCUAAGCGAUGGACUCUAUGCCGCCCCCGUGUUCAUCAGCUGCUGUAUACAGCUGGGUAUUUUGGCUGCUAUUGCUGCUGCUGUUGCUACUGCAGUUGCUGCUGCGGCUGCUGUUGCUGCUGCUGCUGCCGCAGUAUAUUUGCUGCUGCAGCAGUUGCUGCUGCUACUGCUGCUUGGGUGCACAGGGAAGGCAGCAGAUUUACUCGGCUUGCUGCAGCGCCUGCGGCGGUACCCAGAAGCAGAAGAUUUGCGCUUCUACACGGAAGGAGUGUUUCUGAUGAUGCUGUCGCAGUACACAGAAGCCACUGCUUGCUUCAGACGCAGCAUCAGCAGCAGCGCGUGGGGCCCCCUUUCUUCUUUAUCUUGGAGGCCCUGCCUCGUGGGCUUGGGCCACUGCUUGAGUGCUGCUGCUGCUGCUGCUGCUGCACAUCAGCAGCAGCAGCAAGCUGCUGCUGCCUACAAAGAGGCCUCAAGGGCGCUUCCGGGGUAA